UUAAUCUAUAAAAGAUUAUAUUACAUAAUAUUAUGCAACUGCCGAAAUGUUUAAACUUUAACCUUAAUCUAUAUUAAUACAGAAAUAUAUAAGAAACAUCUAUCAAAAAAAAUUAACUUUUUCUUCCACAAAGAUUAAUGUUAGAUGAUUUUUUUCCGAACAGUUUACCUCAUCAGCCGUGAACGUUUGUGAAAGUUUAAAGAAAAAGUGUGUAGUGAUGUAUAGGUCGGUUUUAAUUAUAUUUAUCGUAAGCACAGUUUUUAUGUGCGCGACAACGACCUUUACUGCGUGCAUGGAUCACGUGACGAACUGGUUUUCUAAAAUUGCAGUGAUAUUAAUUAUUAGUUAUACGUUGUGAUUUACCAGUAACGGUCCUUUCUUCUGAUACUAAGAGAGAAAAAAAACCCAGAUUUUCUUCCGGUACAUUGUUCUCGGCGCACACUUUGUCUAUUUUCAGAAAAGAUUUAUCAUUUUUGGAGAGUUUUUUAUUUGGUCUGCAGACAUUCUUGACAACCAAUCAUCGUUGUUCCUGAUAGAAGGCUUAAUUUUUUUAUCACUGUAUAAAAUGGACGUUAUUGAAGAUAACCUUCUCUGUAGCACCAACUCUGCUGCCCGUGCAUACGAUUCUGUGCAGGAUUUAAAGCAACGAACAUUUUUAAACCAUUCUGAAACAAAAUGUUUGUCUCAAAAUGCCUGUUUUCACUCCUUUUUGUUGUCGUAUUUCUGUCUGACGUUUCAGUUGGGAAGAAUCUUAGGAAACGGCAAGCGACGGCGACAGACAAAGUUUUCCUAGCCCAGUGCGGUAUCCAAACUGGACUAGGAAUCAAGGCCAUCGCUGCUGCAGCGGCGAGAGGCAUUGGUAGAAGUUGCUCCAAGUACGUAUUGAUGUGUCUGACCUUUGACCGCAUGUUCAGCUCCUACAACCUGGAGUGCUCCGUUGGCCUAUGGUGGAGUUUUCAGAGAAACACAUGCGAAUACCCAGACAGUCAUGCCAGACCGGAGUGUGCUGCAGAGGUUUGUCGACCCCCUCCUGGAACCCCUCUGAACGCUCCAUUUUCAGCCCCCGAUCCCCGAUCGUGCUAUAGCCUAUACGAGUGUUCCCGCACUCCCAACGGUUAUCUGGCUCAUUUUGAAAUGUGUGAGGAUUCUCAUUUUUUCAACGUGAGAAUCGGUGAAUGUCAGGAUACACUACCCUCCAUAUGUACACGGCCAAUGGUGGCAGCAGCACCCUGUUUGGCUCGUAAGCCGUGUACUGAACCAGGUCUGGUGUGGAGCAGUGCUUAUUGCCGAUGUGUGCAUCCCUCCCUUGAAUAGAGUGGACAUCACUGGAAUUUUCACUUCAAGAACUCGAUAUGAAGCACGUGUGUCACGUUGUUCAAAGAAAUGCAUUUUGGCGAAUGUAUACAAGUUUGGAAAAUAAAAGCAGUCGU